AUGGCGCACACGACAACGCUCACCGCGUCCAUUCUCGCCGUCCUGGCCGCCGUCGUCCUCCUCAGCGCCACGGCGACCGCCGACGACGCCCCGCUGCCUCGCGUCAAGCAGAGCGACAUCCCGGCCGUGUUCGCGUUCGGGGACUCCACGCUCGACACGGGCAACAACAAUGUCCUCAGCACGGCGGUGCGCGCCGACCACGCGCCCUACGGCCGCGAGUUUCCCGGCGGCGCGCCCACGGGCCGCUUCUCCGACGGGAAGCUCCUCGGCGACUACCUCGUGGAGGUGCUCGGCAUCAAGGACCUCCUCCCGCCGUACCGCUCCGGCCAGCUGACGGACGCCGCCGAGGCCGCCACGGGCGUCUGCUUCGCGUCCGCCGGCUCCGGCCUCGACGACGCCACGGCCACCAACGCCCGCGUGGCCACCUUCGCGUCCCAGAUCGACGACUUCCGGGAGCUCCUCGGGAGGAUUGGCGCCCAGAAGGCCGGCAAGGUGGUGGGGAAGUCGGUGUUCCUCGUGUCCGUCGGGACCAACGACAUGAUGAUGAACUACUACAUGCUGCCGUCCGGGAGGAGCAGGUACACCAUCGACCAGUACCAUGACCUCCUCAUCGGCAAGCUUCGCUCUUACAUUCAGAGUCUGUACGGUCUGGGCGCCCGGAGGAUGCUGGUGGCAGGCCUGCCGCCGGUGGGGUGCCUCCCGCUGCAGCUGACGAUGGCGGAGCUGCGGCAGCCGCCGAGGCCCCAGGGCUGCAUCGCGGACCAGAACACGGCGGCGGAGAGCUACAAUGCCAAGCUCCGGCGGAUGCUCGCCGAGUUCCAGUCGGCUUCGCCCGGCGCUAGAGCCGUGUACGCGGACAUCUACACCCCUCUCCUAGACAUGGUCGAUCAUCCCGACAAGUACGGAUUCGUGGAGGCGAGCAGGGGCUGCUGUGGCACUGGGCUGCUGGAGAUGGGGCCCCUGUGCACCGAUCUGGUGCCGACCUGCGCGACGCCGUCCCAGUUCAUGUUCUGGGACUCUGUUCAUCCCACGCAGGCCACCUACAGAGCUGUCGCCGAGUACUUCAUGCACGCCAACAUCCUCCGGUUCGACAAUUAAGCGCGGCUCGCU